AUGUCCUCGCCCAGUGCCGGAAAGCGACGCAUGGACAACGAUGUGAUCAAGCUGAUCGAAUCGAAGCACGAGGUGACGAUCCUGGGAGGCCUCAACGAGUUCCACGUCAAGUUCUUCGGCCCAACGGAGACGCCCUACGAGGGCGGCGUGUGGAAGGUGCGCGUCUACCUGCCCGACAACUAUCCCUUCAAGUCACCCAGCAUUGGUUUUGUGAACAAGAUCUACCAUCCGAACAUUGACGAAUCCUCUGGGACGGUGUGCCUGGAUGUGAUCAAUCAGGCCUGGACGGCGUUGUACGAUCUAUCGAACAUCUUUGAAUCGUUCUUGCCGCAGCUGCUCACAUAUCCCAAUCCGGUCGAUCCGCUCAAUCGGGACGCGGCCGCAUUGUACCUGCACGAGCCGGAGGAGUACCAUCGCAAGGUGGCCGACUAUGUGCAGCGCUAUGCCACCGAGGACGCGUUGCGGGCGGCGCAGCAGGAGCGGGAGAGCAGCGACAGCGAGUCGAGCAUGUCCGACUACAGUGAGGAUGAGGCCAGGGACAUGGAGUUAUAAUAUCGGUUGGAACGCCAGCCUACGGAACUACCGCUAACACUAACACUGACAACAGCCUAAUACAAAUGCUUCGAGAAUCCAUUUUCCCGCCACCCAAUCUCCCCAACCAAACACACUCACUUAUACUGUCACCAUACCCCUUCAGUUGGCGAUGGAACAACAAGCAACAAUAUAUAUAUACACAUAUAUAUAUAUAUAAUAAUAAUUGAUAAAUGAUAAUUGGAUUUUAAGAUAGAAAGUGAUUCGAUGAUGGCGUGUGAUGAUCAGCGCACACACGCAGAUACAUAUAAAUAUAUACAUAAUAUAUAUAUAUAUAUACACUAAUGUAAGCAGAAAGAAAAACAAGAUUUAAAAACUCUUAGUUUAGCCAUCAGUAGCUGAUAACAAAACGGAUUGGAGCAACGAUCGUAACAGAUCAUAGCAGAUAUAUAGACCACAGCAGAAAAAAAUGGAACGGAUGGAAGAGCAAAAUGGAAACAAACAGAAUAGAAACACAAACAAACAAACAAACAAACAAAACCGAUAAAAUACAGAUAGCAGAGAUAAAAGCAUAGAUGCAAGCGCAAUUUAAAUGGUUAAUAAUAGUAAGUGCACAUGCAAUGCGAAAUCUGAUGAGAAAUUGCUUUGGCCUUGAUCUGGCAUUAAACAGACUUCGAUGCUCGUCGUUCUUUAGAGUUUAGCAAUGGAGUAUCAAGUUGAUAGAAAACGUAAACACAAGUACCACCAUCAAACAUAAGUUUUUGGAAAGCCCACACCACAUGAAAACCAAGCGACGAUAACCCAAUAUAUCCAAUUUGCAAUCCAGAGGAACGGAAACCUUACGACGAUCGAUCGAUCAACAAAAGUGCGAAUUAUUUGUUUCUAUGUACGUGUGUGUACUUCAUAUGUUUGUCUUGUUUUGGUUCUGUUUAAUUGUAAGCCCGAAUUUUUUAUUGUCUGUAUAUGUGUAUGUUUAUUAAGAUAUUUGGAAACCGCGGAAAAUCAUCAUCUGACUUAGCAGCACUUUCCCUGCCGAAGUGAAAAAAAAAGAAAUACGAUCGAUACUAAAUGAAACGAAAUAGAAAGCCAAGACAAAUCCUAGAGGAAACGCAUGGAGGUGAUUGCGUGGAACAGACAGAAUAAUCGUUGCAGUUCUUUUUCUUGUUAAUUAAUCUUAUUAUACGGUUAUUAUGUAAUAUUUUAAAAUAGGAUUCGAAUUGAUCAUGUAAUUAAAUGCAAUAAUUCUUAUGUCUAACUUA